UGCGCCUCUCCCAGGGCUGCGGCCGGUGGGCGAGCGAGCGGCUGCCGCCCGCCCUGCCGAACCGGGGGUAGCCGUGAGCCUUCCCCACGCCGAGUCCUUGGCGGGAGGCUGCAGGUGGGGCUGGUGCAGUUUGGGUCUUCUUGGAAGCGCCUCGGGCAGGGAAAGUUUCUGGACUCUGCUUCCCUCCUCUCCUUUCUUUCCCCCUUUCCUUCUCCCCUUCGCCUUCUCCCUCUUUUCUUCUUUUGGGUUGCCGGUUUUUCCCCGGUUUUAUCCUUUCUGCUGGCCCGGUGGCAUCAUGACGGCGUCUCCCGACUACCUGGUGAUCCUCUUCGUGACCACGGCGGGCACUAAUGGGGCAAGGCUGGGCUCGGAUGAACGAGAGUUGCUCCAGCUCUUGUGGAAGGUGGUCGACCUGAGGAGCAAGGAGCUGGGGCACUUGCACGACGUGCUGGUCCGGCCUGACCACCCGGAGUUGACGACUGAGUGCCAGGAGAUCACCCAGGUGGAUGUGGAGAGCCUGGCACUGGCUCCACCGCUGGAACAGGCAUUGAGACAGUUCAAUCAGUCUGUGAGCAAUGAGCUGAACAUCGGUGUAGGCACUUCCUUCUGUUUCUGUACAGAUGGACAGUUGCACAUUAGGCAAGUUCUGCACCCUGAAGCUUCCAAAAAGAAUAUCUUGCUGCCUGAAUGCUUCUACUCCUUUUUUGACUUGCGGAAAGAGUUCAAGAAGUGUUGCCCUGGCUCACCUGAGAUUAGCAAACUCAAUGUUACAGCCAUGAUGGAAUAUUUAAAUCUUGACAAGAACAGCCCAGCAUUUUCCUAUGGAGCCUCUCAAGUGGAAGAUAUGGGGAAUAUUAUUUUAACACUAAUAUCUGAACCAUACAAUCACAGAUUUUCAGAUCCAGAGAGAGUGAACUACAAAUUUGAAAGUGGCCCUUGCAGCAAGAUGGAACUCGUGGAUGACAACGCUGUUAUCCGAGCAAGAGGAUUGCCGUGGCAGUCGUCUGACCAGGACAUAGCAAGAUUCUUCAAAGGCCUUAAUAUUGCCAAGGGAGGUGCUGCGCUCUGUCUCAAUGCCCAAGGUAGGAGGAACGGGGAGGCUCUGGUGAGAUUUGUAAGUGAAGAGCACAGAGAUCUAGCACUGCAGAGGCACAAGCACCACAUGGGGAGUCGAUAUAUUGAGGUCUACAAGGCAACAGGUGAAGACUUCCUUAAAAUUGCAGGAGGCACUUCCAACGAGGUUGCACAGUUCUUGUCGAAGGAAAACCAAGUGAUCAUCAGGAUGCGAGGCCUCCCCUUCAAUGUAACCACCGAAGAAGUGCUGAGCUUCUUUGGCCAGCACUGCCCUGUCACAGGAGGGAAGGAAGGAAUCCUCUUUGUCACGUACCCUGACAGCAGACCAACGGGGGAUGCCUUUGUGUUGUUUGCUUGUGAGGAAUACGCCCAAAAUGCACUGAAAAAGCAUAAAGAUUUGCUGGGGAAAAGAUACAUUGAACUCUUCAGGAGCACUGCAGCAGAAGUUCAGCAGGUGCUGAACAGGUACUCAUCCACACCUCUCAUCCCUCUCCCAACACCACCUAUUCUUCCAGUGUUACCUCACCAGUUUGUGGCUCCCACCAACGUCAGAGACUGCAUACGCCUGCGCGGUCUUCCCUACGCUGCUACCAUCGAGGACAUCCUGGAGUUCUUGGGGGAGUUCUCCACAGACAUCCGGACCCAUGGUGUCCACAUGGUGCUAAAUCACCAGGGACGUCCAUCAGGAGAUGCUUUUAUUCAGAUGAAAUCUGCAGAUCGGGCUUUCCUGGCUGCACAGAAGUGUCAUAAGAAGACUAUGAAGGACAGAUAUGUGGAAGUCUUUCAGUGUUCUGCUGAGGAGAUGAACUUUGUGUUAAUGGGGGGCACUUUAAAUCGCAAUGGCUUGUCCCCACCACCAUGUAAGUUACCAUGCCUUUCACCCCCUUCCUACUCCUUUCCAGCUCCUGCUGCAGUUGUGCCAACAGAAGCUGCUCUGUACCAGCCAUCUAUGCUGCUGAACCCACGAGCACUCCAACCCUCCACACCCUACUACCCUGCUGGGGCUCAGCUCUUCAUGAACUACACAGCUUACUACCCCAGGUAAAGCAGAGGAGAAGCAAGCAGGAACAAAGAAGUCUCUUUUGUUUGCAGCAAAAGCACAAAGCUCCCAAAAGAACAUUGUCUGCCAUGCUGGAGGUUUGUGCUAGCAAGAGCAGCUCGUUCAGUAUCUUAUUCAGGGAAACAAUUUCAGGUUAUUUAGGGAUUUCCCAUGUUUUAGACUGUUGCAGGUAGUGGUGAUUUCUUUUGCAUUUUACAAACCAAGUCACAGAGUUACAGGUGGUUUCUUUUUGGUUUGUGGUGGUGUGCUCUUUUUUUUUUUCCCCCACCCAACAUGGAUCUUAUACUUGCCAGCUUGCACUGUUGUGCCCUCAGUGGUCAUUAGUGUGCAGUACUCCUCCCCAGGUCCAUGAAGAAGCCUGUUUUAGAACAGGUGGAUUGGAGUCUGCCCUAAAACCUUCUGAAGUUCUGCCUCUUCUGUUUUUGAUGUAUGAAAGUAACUUUUUUACCUUUGGUGGUGAAAACUGUUUACCUAUUUAUAGAAGCACUGCAUUGAAGUAUAUAUCUUGAAUCCUUAUGUAAAGCACAGAGUCAUAUAAUGCUUUCUGACCUCAGUCACCAUUUGUGGCAGACUUUUGGCUCUUUGGAUACAUUACCCAUCUUCUCCAGAGGAAAAAAAAAAACCUCUUUAAUACUACUUUGCUCUGCAGUCAUGAGGCCUUGAUUCUCUGUAAGCCAUAAAACAUUCCUCAUCUGUCAGGAAACCUGCUAAAUAAUUUAAGUCUGCUGUUGGACUCUGACCAGGAAGGUCCAAAUAGCUGCUUAUGAAGCUGCUGAGCAAUAUGGACUCUUUAAUACCUCUAAGAUUACAAAGGUGUUUUUUUUCUUACUGCUUUGCACUGAACCAGUUUGUCUGUGAGCUGCCUGGGUUUGGGUUGGUUUGUUCUGCAGUUGGUUGGGUGUGGGUUUUGUUUUUUUUUUACUAAAAUGUUUUCUUCACCCAAGUUAAUUUCUACAGUGCUUCAAUGUCUGUCUUAUGGUUACAACAAUGUGUUACUAACCUCAGCCUCUUGAAUGUAUGAUCAAGAAAAAAUAAAAUUAUCAACUUGUAUUGGCAAUAUGAAACAA